AUCCGCCAUUUUCUCCUUAUUUUCAUUAAGGUGCUGACGGUAAACGGCUAUCGAUUUUUGUGUUUGUACUAUUUUUAUUUUGCUGUUUACCGCUGUUUAUUGUCGUCCGCGUCAUCAUUAUGCGAUGAACGUGUAAGUGUUGUAUCUUCUUGCGCGCAAUUGUGGAUUUCAAAGUUCAUUGUACAUACAACGGACGAGCCGAUUCACAAUGAGUUACAGUAGACCACCGCCGAGAAUUGAAGGCAUGGUGUCGUUGAAAGUCGACAACCUCACCUACAGGACAACUCCGGAAGAUUUGAGAAGAGUGUUCGAACGAUGCGGUGAAGUUGGAGACAUUUAUAUUCCUCGAGAUCGUUUCACUCGAGAAAGCAGAGGAUUCGCUUUUGUUAGGUAUAAUAUGCUUCUUAACUCUGUUAAGUGCUGUUUCAUAUUAUUUCUGCUGCCGUUUGUAUUGUUUAUAGCGCUUUGCUAGGCAUAAUUAUUGACGCUUAUUUUAAUAUAAUUUGGAUGUGUUCAAAAAUGAUUAUAAAAUUAAAAUUGAGCUCGAUACAAAUUAAUAUUGUCCAUAAGGUAGAGCUUCCUCAUUAGUUGGGUCGAGGUUCCUUUUAGUGGCAAUAUGCAAUGAUCCAAAACUUUGAUCUUAUCUGAUUUGACACAUCAACGUAUUGAGUUUUUUUUGAGGUUUUACAACUAAAUUAAGCACAAUAUUUAUAUGUUGUGUUUAGGAUAUUUUAUUCAAUAUUGUUUCAGGUUUUACGAUAAACGUGAUGCAGAAGAUGCAUUAGAUGCAAUGGAUGGUCGCAUGUUGGAUGGUAGGGAAUUAAGAGUUCAAAUGGCUCGAUAUGGUCGUCCUACUUCGCCGUAUAGACGACGCCGUAGAAGGUAGAAAUUUACAAAUACAAAUAAGUAUUUUAAUAAUUUAAUUUUAAUAUGGCUUUUACAAUACGUACUUUAAAUGCAGCAAACUGGAAUAUCUAAAUAUUAUUUUGACUAUAUACUACUUAUGGAAUAACUAAACCAUGGUAGUACAUAUCAACUCACUAUCGUCGCUUUGUAUAAAAAGAAUGCAUCUAUAAACUAAUAGAAUUAUCAGUGUCGUCUCAUCUCCAAUAUUUUUUUUAUACCUAUGAUACUGUUAUCUAUUACAUGAUAUCAAAGUACUAAAAACAAUGUUAAUGUCAAGUAUUAGAACUUAUUCUCACAAUUUAUUGUAGUUUUCUAUGUUCUUGUUUGUUAUUAUCCUGUCACUAGAUGCUAUCUGUUACCGAUUUCAAGUGCAUUGAUUAAAAUAAUGUCAAACUUUUUCUGUUAGUUUUCUUUGAUCUAUUUUGUGCAUUUUUAAUUUGCGGAUCACGUCAAGUGUUAACCCUUCUGAAAAAUAUUAAUCCUGGGAUGGUAACAAACAAGUAUUGUUUUUAUUCCAAGCGACGAUAUGCCAUGUCUAGGUAAUUUGUAAAUAAAUAUUGCUGUAAUCAUUUUUUUAUUUUAUACAAUUUUGAGUUUCAUUGAUAAUAUCUUUAAAGAGCUAACUUGUUAUUUUUAAUUAUUUUUCAUUUUACCUUAAAAAUUAAAAUAACCAAGACAAAUUACUUUAUUUUGUUAAAAGAGCUUUGUAAAAACCCAUUGAUAGCAGCAACACUAUUUUCAGGUGUGGGGUGUAAUUGGGGAGUUCGGCUGAAUGCUGUGGCUGAGGCUGAGCUAAGGUGUAAUUAUCGUGCUGACCGCAGCAGAAGGCGAGGGCGUUGUUCCUGCCAAUAGCAGAUGCGUGCUGAGUGCUGACUAAUGCUGAUCAGCCGAGUGCCAGUUGCAGAUUUCAGUUUGCUGUCUUAAAAAAAAAAAAAAAAACUAAACAAAGCAUUCCUGAGUCAUCCUGGCAACUCUGUUUAGGGUUAGGAAACUGCAAUUUUUUUUUUCUUACAAAGCCCUCAUUUUCUUUAUUUCGAGCUUGAAGAUUAUAUUUUCUCCGUUUUCAUAUGAAAAUAAUGUCCCCCCAACAGGAUAGAAAUAGAUAUAAUGCAUUUUUUGAAAUCAUAAUCAUUGUCAUAUGUUAUCUAAUGUUAAUUUUUAAUAUUAUAUACCCAAUUAUACUUUUAUUUUAUCAAUUGAUUUAGGUCACGUUCACCUAGACGUCGUUCUUACUCCAGAUCUAGAUCUCGUGGACGGCGUUCACGUUCUUAUUCUAGAUCACGUUCUCGUUCACGAUCAGGAAGUAAGAGUUCAAGAGGACAUUCAAAGUCAGCCAGUCGUUCAAGAUCAUAAGGUAAUAUUAAUAAUUUAGGCUGUGUUCAUAUAGAAUGGAUGAUUUCACUUAAAAAGGAUAUUUUAAUUAACUUGUAAAACAUAGACUUUUGAUGAAUAAGAUAGUUCUCCAUUUUAUAAAAUAAACUCUUUUUCCAUAGAUAAUAUAAUAACAGUGGAUUGGCCAUCAGCUUUCUCUGAUUGUACCUGAUUGAUAUGCUACAGGGUUACCCAUUUAUUAAUUAUUAUAUAUUUUUACCAAACAACAAUAGUUUUUUUUCCAUAUGUUUUCAUUAAUUUGAAUUUUGAUUUUUUUUUUUUUUUAGGUGUGAUUUACAACAAUUUUAUUACGGAAAUCAACAUUUUUAGUUUAUUCUACUGAUAUCAACCGUAAAAUUUGUUUUAUACCAUGAUCAUAAUUUCUUAACAUUUUAUGCCAUUUAUAAACCUCAAAAUAAUUGUAAGUUGAAAUAAAAAUAUAUAAUAAUCAUUUUGUAGCCCAAAUUUUAGUUUUUUUUUUCUUGACGACUUUAUGUAUUUAAUUUACAUGGGUUAUAGUCUUACAACAAAUUAUAAUUCUUAUAUUUAUAUUUUAAGAGGGGUUUUUUUUAAGUACAGUGAAUAGCUUAUCUUAACCACUAUUUUCUAAUAUGCAAUUAUAUUUGUUGUAAGACUCAUUAAUCAAAUUGUAAUAAAACAUUUCAAUGUGGUUCAGAUAGGUUCUCUUUCUAAUUAAUUAUAUCUUCAUAAAAAUAAGUGCAGUUCUAUAGUAAUUUAAUGCAUUCACAUUUAUAAUUGGUCAUAUUUUGAAAAUAUUGAGUUGUAAUUAAUAAAGUGACUUAUAACAACUGAUAAUUAUUCUAUAUGACGGUAAUAAGUUUAAAAAUGUAUCAAGUGAUUAUAAAUAAUAUGAGCUCUUGUUUUAUUUUCGUGACUUAUUUAUAUUUUUUUUAUUGACGAAUAUAAUAUUUUAUUAUGUAUUAUAUGAUUAUACAACAUGUAAAAUAUUAAUAAAAAAAAAAGUAAUUUAAUUCUAUUGUUAUUAAUUUAAUAUUAUGCUUUUUAAUGUAUGUAUUGGAUUGAUGUAUAUCAAAGGUUCUCAGAGUGGGUCGCGAUCAUAUUUUUAAUGGGUCGCAUAUUUUUUAGAUUAUGAUUGGACCGAAGGAUGUUUUGAUUUUACAAUGAUGUUUAUUUUAUUUUUUUCUAUCUGAACAACUUUUACUGGACAUUUUACUCUGAUUUAUAAGAACUUUUUUUUGAAAGGAAAUUGGACUGUGUAGAUAAUUUAUAGAAAGGUCAUUUUUUGAUUUUCCCAAGUUUUCAUUUUCUCAAUAUAUUGAAAAAUCAGGAAAAUGUAUAAAAUGUAGAUAUUAGUUAAAAAUGUAACUUUUUUUUUCCUUGUAAUCAAAUUUAUUACCAGCAAAUUGGAUCUAUAUUAGCAAAUGAGACUAUGGGAUUGAACAAACUUCAUUAAUCAUCAUCCAGAAAUGAAUAAUAAACGAAAAAAAAUCAUUGAUAUUGUGGAUUGUCUAAAUUUAAAUUAUUUCCAAAAUGGGUGGGUUGUACUAUAACAAGAUUGGGAACCUCUGAUGUAUAUAGCUUGUAGAGGUUAUAUAAAGUAUUUUAUAUUUUAAUUUUUAUGUGAGAGACUAUAUAAUGUACAAAAUAUUUAUAUAAUUUAGUUUUAAUAAAUUUCAUUGUUAAAGGCUUAUCCUUUAACAUGACUAUAAAACAAGAUUAUUUAAAAACCACAUCAUUUUCACUGUUUUGAUAAUUCAAUUUCCCUGAUUGUUACAUAAAUAUAGCUCAAAAAAUAUUUUACAUUUUUUUCUUUCUAAUUUUCUCCAAAAAUAAGAACUAUUAUGUCAUACUAUAUGUAUAUCUUUAUGUCACUUACUGGCCUUCUGGAAUUAAUGUGUUCAAACUUUAGAAUUGCAAGUUAAGCAGAAGCUAUGCAAUUUUAGUUGAAUUACGGGAUUAGGGUCAGCUGUCUUAGCUUCAUACACACCAAUACAGACUCUUCAAAUGGUGAUAAAUUAUGUUUUGUAUAUGCGUAGUGUAAGUACCUUUUGGGGUUUCUAUUUUCAGUCACCUUCCUGAUGAUUUCUUUGCUCCAAUUUCAUGUUUUUACAGGAUAUACUGGGUUUUAACAGGCACAAAAAAUAAUUAAGGAGAUAGAAUGUAUGUAUAUAUAUAUAUAUAUGAAUAGUAAUGUUUGGCUUAAAUUUAUAGUUACUAUCAAACUAUUUGAUAGUUUAUAGCAUUAUAUUUAUUCUAUAGUUAAUAAUAUAGAUUUAUAUAUUCAGAUUUUCUAGCAGAAUAUAUAUUAAUUUAAAUGGUUGAUGAAAUUUAAUUUGACAAUCUUAGUGAUCCCUGAC